AUGAGCAAAGCCGUUGGAAUUGAUUUGGGUACAACCUACAGCUGUGUUGGCGUCUGGCAAAAUGAUCGUGUGGAGAUUAUCGCCAACGACCAAGGCAAUCGUACCACUCCCUCGUACGUCGCUUUCACUGACAGCGAGCGUUUGAUUGGUGAUGCUGCCAAGAAUCAAGUUGCUAUGAAUCCUCACAACACUGUCUUUGAUGCCAAGCGUCUUAUUGGUCGUCGUUUUGCUGAUGCUGAAGUGCAAGCUGACAUGAAGCAUUGGCCCUUCAAGGUCAUUGAUAGCGGAGGAAAGCCUAUGAUUGAAGUUGAAUACAAGGGCGAGAAGAAGACAUUCACCCCAGAAGAAAUCUCAUCCAUGGUUCUUGUCAAGAUGCGUGAGACUGCUGAAGGCUACUUGGGUACCAAGGUUGAGAGCUCUGUCAUUACCGUCCCUGCCUAUUUCAACGACUCCCAACGUCAAGCUACCAAGGAUGCUGGUGCCAUUUCGGGCAUGAAUGUAUUGCGUAUCAUCAACGAACCCACUGCUGCUGCUAUUGCCUAUGGUCUUGACAAGCAGGCCAAGGGUGAACACAAUGUCCUUAUUUUCGACUUGGGUGGUGGUACUUUUGAUGUCUCUCUUUUGACCAUUGAGGAAGGCAUUUUCGAAGUCAAGGCUACUGCUGGUGACACUCACUUGGGUGGUGAAGACUUUGACAACCGUUUGGUGAACCACUUUAUCCAAGAAUUCAAGCGCAAGUUCAAGAAGGACAUCUCUGGCAAUCCUCGUGCCGUUCGUCGUUUGCGUACUGCUUGUGAACGUGCCAAGCGUACCUUGUCGUCAUCAGCUCAAACCUCCAUUGAAAUCGAUUCACUCUUUGAAGGCGUUGACUUUUACACCUCCCUCACGCGUGCUCGCUUUGAAGAACUUUGCCAAGAUCUCUUCCGCAACACCAUGGAGCCUGUUGAAAAGGUGCUUCGUGAUGCAAAGAUUGACAAGGGCUCUGUACAUGAAAUCGUUCUUGUUGGUGGCUCCACGCGUAUCCCCAAGAUCCAAAAGAUGGUGUCAGACUUUUUCAAUGGCAAGGAACCAAACAAAUCCAUCAACCCUGAUGAAGCCGUCGCUUAUGGUGCUGCCGUUCAAGCUGCCAUUCUCACUGGUGAUACCUCUGAAAAGACCGAUUCACUCUUGUUGCUUGAUGUUGCACCUUUGUCUCUUGGUAUUGAGACUGCUGGUGGUGUCAUGACACCUCUCAUCAAGCGUAACACAACCGUGCCUACCAAGAAAUCCGAAAUCUUCUCAACCUAUGCUGAUAACCAACCUGGUGUCUUGAUUCAAGUCUUUGAAGGUGAACGUGCACGUACCAAGGACAACAAUUUGCUUGGCAAGUUUGAGCUUACUGGCAUUCCACCUGCACCUCGUGGUGUCCCUCAAAUUGAAGUCACCUUUGAUGUCGAUGCCAAUGGUAUCUUGAAUGUAUCAGCUCUUGACAAGACCACUGGCAAGUCCAACAAGAUCACCAUCACCAACGAUAAGGGUCGUCUUUCCAAGGAAGAGAUUGAACGCAUGGUGGCUGAUGCUGAAAAGUACAAGGCUGAAGAUGAAGCUGCUGCCGCUCGUAUCUCUGCAAAGAAUGGUCUUGAGUCUUAUGCUUACAACUUGCGCAACACCUUGAAUGAAGAAAACGUCGCUAGCAAGAUCGAGGCUGAUGACAAGGAAAAGCUCAACAAGGCUAUCACUGAGACAAUCGAGUGGCUCGACAAUAGCCAAGAAGCCAGCAAGGAAGAAUACGAAGGCAAGCAAAAGGAACUUGAAGAAGUUGCCAACCCCAUCAUGCAAAAGAUGUAUGCAGCUGCUGGUGGUGCAGGUGGUCCUGGCGGUGCUGCUCCAGGUGGUUUCCCAGGUGGUGCUCCUCCACCAGGUGGUGGUGCUGGCGGUGCCGAUUCUGGUCCUACUGUUGAAGAAGUCGAUUAA